GCGGUGACGACCAACUGUCCAGGCACCGCCGCCCCGGAGCAUUCGAUCAACAUCCCGCCUCUCCACACCCUCUUCCAGACCCCUGCAUCUUGCGUCGAGCUUCAGUAAACAUGGCGGAAGCUCCAAUUGUCCUCGACGGUGGUACCGGUUUCCUGAAAGUUGGCUAUGCGGGACAGAACUUCCCAGAACACCAGUACCCUUCCAUCGUUGGCCGGCCGAUCCUCCGUACCGAAGAGCGCGAUGGCGGCGACAUACAGCUCAAGGACAUCAUGUGCGGAGACGAAGCAGCGGCAGCGCGCUCUAUGCUUCAGAUCACGUACCCUAUGGAAAACGGUAUCGUCAAGCGCUGGGAUGAUAUGACACAACUAUGGGACUACACCUUCGCCGAGAAGCUCCAGAUCGAUCCCACCGGCCGCAAAAUCCUCCUUACCGAACCGCCAAUGAACCCUCUCAAGAACCGCGAGACCAUGUGUGAGGUUAUGUUCGAGCGCUACAACUUCGGAGGCGUGUACGUGGCUAUCCAAGCUGUACUAGCUUUGUACGCCCAAGGUCUGUCGUCUGGUGUCGUUGUCGACUCUGGCGAUGGUGUCACACAUAUCGUCCCCGUCUACGAAUCGACCGUCCUGAACCACCUCACACGCCGUUUGGAUGUUGCUGGACGUGACGUAACCCGCAAUUUGAUCUCCCUGCUCCUGCGAAGAGGAUACGCGCUUAACCGCACCGCCGAUUUCGAGACAGUUAGGCAAAUCAAGGAGAAGCUCUGCUACGUUUCCUACGAUCUUGAAUUGGACCAGCGCCUUAGUGAGGACACAACGGUUUUGGUGGAAUCAUACACACUGCCGGACGGUCGUGUUAUCCGUGUGGGUAGCGAACGUUUCGAGGCGCCCGAGUGUCUGUUCCAGCCUCACUUGGUCGAUGUCGAGCAGCCCGGUAUUGCCGAGUUCUUAUUCAACACCAUCCAAGCGGCGGACGUGGACGUCAGGAGUAGCUUGUACAAGGCCAUUGUGCUCAGUGGUGGUAGCAGCAUGUACCCCGGUCUGCCCAGCCGAUUGGAGAAGGAGCUCAAGCAGCUGUGGCUCACCAAGGUUCUUGGUGGUAACCCCGAGCGCCUCAAUAAAUUCAAGGUCCGCAUCGAGGACCCACCUCGGCGACGACACAUGGUCUUCCUUGGAGGUGCUGUGCUUGCGAACAUUAUGGCUGACAAAGAGAACAUGUGGAUAUCAAAGGCAGAAUGGGAGGAGCAGGGAACACGUGCGCUCGAGAAGUUGGGCGCAAGAUAGACAAAAGGAGGUCAUCUGCAGCAGCAUGUGCUCAGGAGCACUCUAGACCACAUGAACCAAAUACUAUGCAGCCAUGACUGCAAACAAAGGCUCACUUUUCUUGCUGUGUCCCGUCUUAGCCAGGCUGUUCUUGCC